GCGAGUUGGGGGGGAGAGAGAAGGGAGCUGGAGGGCGAGCGAGGGAGUGUAGGAGAGAAGGAUAGGGUCCCAGAAGAGAGUACCAGCCUCAAACACACACGCAGAUACACAGUCACGUUGGCUCCCCUGUUGUACUUUUCUUUGGAACAGUGGAUUACUUUCCAAAUUGAACCACUCAGCGUGCAGAUCCAGGCAUGAUCAGGUGGCAGUGUGUCAGAGCGGUGUUGAACUGUGAAAUGAACCAUGGAGGGGUGCAGGAGGCCAGUCACUAGCCGAGCCAGCCGUCGAACAACCACCACCACCAGCAGCAGCAGGAGAAACAGUAGCCCAGGGAGGCCCCGCAGCAUGCAGCUGGGCCCUCACUAGCACCUAGUGGACCUGGUCCUCUCCUCUUCACCUUGGGCCAGGGCUGCAGAAUGCUCAGUCCAGUCACCCCAUACAGUCUGUUGAAGAUGCACUGGUCUCCGGAGCACGCUGCCCCCUUAUCUCAGUGGCCUGAGCAGCACCUAGAUGUCACCUCUACCACCUCGCCCCCGUCUGCACACAAACACGACCCCUAUUCUACAGCUGCUCGCCGUGGCUUUGCCCCUGCUGGUUACCCUUGGGCCAGUGAUGACAUAUCAGCCCUUACUGCUUCUUCUCUGCUUAAACGCUACGCUGAGAAGUACUCAGGCUUGGAGUUGUCCUAUGAACGCCCUGCUCCUGGGGCCUACUCAGAGCCUGGGACUUUCCUGAAAACUGAAUCUGAGCCCUGGGCUUUGGGUCAGGGCAUGGAGUGUUAUCCUGGACUGGAGGCAUUAACUGGCACCAAGGUGGGCUCUGCGUCUGUGGGCAUCCCAGCCACAGGAAGUGUGACAGUAGUGAGCAGUAACUUGGCCUCUGAGCCAGGCUACAGUGGUGCUGGCCCCUGCAGUGCCCCAUCAUCUCAGGAAUACCCUCCUGCCUACAACAGCACCUACCUGUCCUCAGGAUACUGCCCUCAGCCCAGCGCAGCACUUCCCCCUGCCCCUCUACACUCUUUGCAGGCUGCACCAACUCUGGUGCCUAGCUACAGCGCCAGCACUCCUGUCUACAACUACCCCCCAGGGUGCUACCCCCAAACCAGCCUGUCCUCUGGAUACAGCCACCCCAGUGCCUCCUACCUGCCCUCUGGGAUUAGUGCCCCCACUCCUCUGGCACCAAGGCCCACCAUGGUGGGGGGCAGUUACAGCUACCCAUCACACAGCCUUGGAGGGAGCUCCGAGGCAGGGGUGCCACUGAAACGCAAGGCCUUUGAGAUGGCAGAGGAUGGACAAGAGGGUGCAGAAGUGGAGGGAUCACGCUACAGAAAGUAUGGCAACGGCCAUGGAAACAGUCAUAGCAAAAGUCAUGGCAACGGGCACGGCAAUGGCUACGAUAUGGGUGGCUCGGCGUCUGACCCACAGGCCUUCAAACCAGGAAAGCCCCUGAUGUCACCUCCCUAUGGCGGGGCAAGGGACUACAGCCCACCAUCAGGCCUAGCAGGAGAGGGUGUCUCAGGGGAGCACAACUUUCCUCAGCAACAGAGAAUGUCUAUGAAGAUACCUGCAUCGCACACACGAUCUGAGGACCCCACUGGAGGGCGCUGAGCCUGAUCCCUGAUUGGCAUUUGAGAGUAUUCUCUCACUCUUUGAAACCUACCAGGGUUCUUAAUCCAGACAGACUUGGGGGAAUAAACUUGGAUUUGUCAAUGAGAGGUUUAAUUUCACUAGAGAACACAAGAGGGCACAAGACUGGUAUUUCUUGUGCAUCUUUAACAUUUUCAUUAUUCAUGUUUUUCCAAAGAUUCACAGGGCAUUUUGCCCUGUAAGGUUGAGGUAAGUCUUAGGGGUGAGGUUAAGGCAUUCUCUAUAUAGACAGCAUAAAGACGGUCUACAUUUAUGAGUUGUCUGAUGUCUGUUUCUCUCAGGAUCCUAUUUAUUUCCGUUCUGCUACUGUGGCAGCAGUACUGCAACGUUGCUGUUUUAGACGUUGGUGUAAUUAUUUGUGGCCAUUAUGUAUGUGAAAGGCCUAUGACUGCAAUACGUUCUACCACACCACAAAAUCAUUACUGACCAAAAAGUAAGGAGAGCAAUAACUGAAAUGGUGAGAUUGCCAUACUACUUCAGCACAAUCACUGCUACUUUACACAGCUGACUCCAAGGCCUGGUGGGUCACUGGGCCUUGAGAAAUGAAUGUUUCCCUGCUCAUCUCACACUUCCCCCCAUUGCCCCACUUUUACUCCUUCUCAACUUUCUUUCAGUUUCUUUAAUCCCCUGUUUUCAUGUUCUUGAUCUUAUUCUAUCAUGGUGUCCUGCUUCUUGUUCUCAACCUUUUUCAUUGCUUAAGAACUUUUUUUUCGUAUAGUUUACACAUACCAAGCUGCUUAUCAAAUGAUUAUAUAGUACACAUGACGCCGCCCUUUAAAUUGUUUUGAUGUAAAGAUAGAGUGGGAAAAUGUUAUGUUCAUUUAAAAAUGUAUUUAGCAUUCACACAAUGACAGUAUAGAAGUAUAUGCAGAUCAUCUUCAAAGCGUGUUGUUUACUUGCAGAUUUCUGCUGAUCCGAAAAACUAACAGGUAUAUUUUCUAAAGAACCUGCGAAUAAUGUAAUACAAUACAGUCUAGCUUACGCCCUGUCUUUAUUAUUCAAAAUAUUUCAAGAAAUAAAGACUAUACAAAUCUAGAAAACAACCAAAAAUACAAACAAUCAUGCUUAAGUCUGCGUACUGCUGAAAUUCACUCAGAACCAACAGUUUAAAGACGCGUAAGCCUGUUUGUUACUUCAAUGGGAUGCACAGCCCAAACUGAGAGCCAUGCAGAUUGCGGUGGAGGAUGUUUCUGGGUGAGUGCCUCAACAAUACAUUCUUUAUGAAGAUCUACCUGCUUGUCUGCUAGGAUUUACCUUUUUUUUAUAUGCAUUCUCUUUACUUUUGCCUCUCAAAAGGAUGAUUAUAGUCGUGUUAUUGAAUACUCAGGAAGAAUAUUGUUACCUCAGAAUGAUAAAUAAGAAUGUAUGUUAUUACCUUAGGGUGUUUGUAGGGAGCUUUAUGGAGCGAGAUGAAAACGGAGCCAUGGCUUUUAUUAAGAGCAAAACUCUGAUACACUUCAGGGAAAUGAUGAACUUACAAGGCCUUUGAUACUUACAGUGCAAAACACACAAAUACACACACACACACACACACACACACACACACAGACACAUACACACACACAGACACAUACACACACACACACACACACACACACACACACACACCAACCACACUGCUUCGUAGCUCUGGGAAAUUAAACUUGAGGUUUUUGUACCAAGGCCUGAAAUGUUGAAUGUAAUUCAGAUAUUUUUUUUAAAAGGACAAUACAUGCCAUAAUGUACAUCAAUGAUGUUUUUAGAUAUAUGAAACAUAUUUUCUUCAUGUAUAGAUGUAAUUCUCUUAUAGGUUUUGAUGGAGAAAUGAAUGACAUGUUAAGUGUUAGUGUAGUUAGUGGGGAAACGGUUUUGUGGACAAACUGUCAAAACAAAGCACUCCUGAUAAACAACUUUUGACAUAUCAAGAUGUACACAUACUACAGUAUAUGCUCUAUGCUAAGUAUGUUUAUUAAAUGUCUUAAUGUGUCCAAUUUCCAUUUCCCAUAUCAGUAUUCUAAAACCGCUUGGCACAGUGUCACCAGUCAAUCAACUUGACUUAGCUCUAACAUGAAUUGACAUCAUGAAGAAGGAAGAAGUUAAAUAUUAGUAAGUAUGUGCACUGUCAGAAAAUAUGUACAGUUACAACGUUAAACCAUUUUUUCACAGAGUUGUGGCUUUGUUGCUCCACUAUGCCAUCCUUUCAUAAGUUGUGCCAUACUGUUUUAGUUGUUUUAUUUUGUUGCAAAAUGAAGCCCUUUGGGGGCCUGUAACAAAACCGAACUCUUGCCUAAAAGCAUGCCCAGAAUGGAUCCCCUUUAAUAGUAAAACUUUAGGCUGAAAUGCAGCUUCAGAUUUAGUCUGAAAUUCAAUGUGAUGAAAAAAGUAUUUUAAUGCCUCUUUUGGAAAUAUAAGCACAUUCAUAAAAUUAAAUGUACUCAGAAUGUGGUUUUGUGUGGAAAUGAUACCCUCAUCACACAAAAGGAUUUUGCUUCAAAAUAUGCUGAAGGAAAAAUACAGAUUAAUAACAAAGUGCUGCGCAAAUAAUAUGUGUAUUCUUACUCUCAGAUUUUAAAAAGUAUUUAAGCGCUUAGCUACAAAAAUUGAACGCUCUUUCAAUGCCACAGAAAAAGAAUGUGCUCUACAUUAACCUACACACUGCAACGAACAACAGUAUUUGCUGUCUCUUGGUAUUACUCUGAUUCAUUGAAGUAAGUGGAGUUGAAUUUGUCCAACAGAUGGAAAAUUGCAUUUCAGUGUUUUCUUUGAAAUUCAGUUGUACUUUUGUUGUAUCUUGUACAGUCCGUCUCUGUAACCAUUUCUACCUCAUUUUGAAGACAUUGUACAUGGAAAUAUUUAUUUCAUGUCAUUACACAUGCCAGUUUAAAGAGCAAUGUUUCUAAUUCUUGACCUGUUAUAGUCUACCUCACUAAAGGCUGUUGUGUCAUGGAAAUGAAGAUAUCACACCAAA